AUGAGCAAACUCUCCAGCAACGACUACCUCACACUCGCCGGGUCGUUCCACGGUCAUAGCAUGCACGCCAUCACCGCCCGUCUCUCCCCCGCCCCGCCAGUGCCCAAUCCUCUUCCCGCCUCCUUAGCGCCCUCGCCCUUUAUAAACCGCCCGACAGGCCUCGAAGUGCUUGAAUCGAGCCAUUUCCGCAUACAGUGCUUCCAGACACAGACAGGCACCAAGUUCCUGCUAUUCACCGAACCCCAACAACCCAACGUCGAUACCACGAUGAAGAAGAUCUAUGAGUUGUACGCCGACUACGUCAUGAAAAACCCAUUCUACACGGUUGAGAUGCCCAUCAGAUGCGAGAAGUUUGAUCGUAGCUUGGAUGGUUUCGUCAAGGUCAGGGGAUGACCAAGGGAACAGUCAAAGACACCACGCAUUAUCCCAAGGCGCUGAGGAGUAAUACCGAUACCUCUACAGCUCGAUCGAGUUUCAGACGAACAUAGCUGUAGGGGUGCUGUGUUUAAGAGGCAGAUGAAGGACUGGUCUGAACUGUUCGUGUAGCGCCAAUGUGCCUGUCUCCGCCGAGGACCACCGCGUCUGUAGCUAGUGAGCACACCCGGCAGGCGAAAGACGUAGCAGGCCACCUAGCAUGAUGUGCACUUGAUCUCGCGGUGUAUGGCCAAGAAGAGACUCCCACUUGCUCAUUAAAUUCAUGUGGUCAUUCCAG